AUGUCCAACAGCGAUCCGUCAUCAGCCAGCGCGCCGCGCCGCAUAGGUCAAACGAUCUACCUCAAACCGUCGCGCCUCGAGGAAUACAAAAAGCUCCAUGCCGCGGCGUGGCCUGAAGUCCUCGAACAGAUCAAGGACAGCAAUAUUUCUGAUUAUUCAAUCCACCUAAUACCGCCCUCCUCACCCUCAAUACUAUACACCCUCUUCGCGACCUUCAAAUACACCGGCACGGACUUCGACGGAGACAUGGCGCGAAUGGCGGCGAACCCGAAGGUGCAGAAGUGGUGGCGGUUGACUGAUUCGAUGCAGGAGACAAGGGUCGAGGGGAGUCGGGGGAGCACGGAUGUUGAGAAGGGAUGGUGGUUGGGUUGUGAGGAGGUGUUUUACCUUGCGUGA